UGGUAGGAGAAUAGUGAAACCAUACACCAAAUACCAGCCAACCCUCGUCAGAGAACUUCUGGAGGUUGCAGUGAUGUUGUCAUGUCAGUCAGAGUUUGGGGGAACCCCUCCAUGGCGGGUGUCUGGGUGAGGUGCUGCUAUGGAGCCCAUGAGUCACAGGCUGUGAGGGGGGGAGGGGUAUCCCCAUUCUGACAGUGAAGAGAGGGCUCCCCAAGGCUCUCCUAAAGGUGCACCCCAUCGCCUACGCAUCGACACCAGAGCACACAUUUCCACCAAGGUAUGUGUGUGGAGACGGGGGCGAAAAUAAAUGUACACCUAUCGAAAUGUCACCUUCUUAGAAACAGUUGUUCAUUCUACCGCAGGAGUUCCCAUCAUUGGUCGUGGUCUGUUAUUCGUGCAGGGUUUUGUUCCUGCCUGUUACUGAUUAUUAUGUAGAUUUAGAGACAGUGGGGAAAUUACCACAUCAUCUUGUGAUGUUGCUAUGAACCAUUGCCUGAUAUCUACAGUCUUCAAAGACCAGAUAAAGGAUGUAUUCAUGAUCAUCCAUGGUUCAGAUUUAUUUUGAAAGUUACUGUUAACUUAAGCUUACUUGAGCCACUGCUAAAGUGAUGGUGAGAAUAGUCUCCUUCGACCAUGUCAUGAAAGCUCCCAUGCUGCUCAUUCCCUCAUUCACCCUGAUUUAUUGACAUGAAUGGACCAGAUAAUGUCAGUGUGGGGAGUACAUCGUGUGUGUCUGUGUGGACAUUCGUGUGUGUGUGUGUGUGUGUGUGUGCAUGCGUGCACAUGUAUUUGUGUGUGUGUGUGUGCGUGCACAUGUAUUUGUGUGUGUGUGCGCAGGCGGUGAAUGUGUGUGUGAGCACGCAAGUCAUGCACAUGUUUGCUUAUGUAGGUGUGCAGAUAUUUCAAUAUAUUUUUUUAAAUGUUUAGGAUAGCCUGCUAGGUUUCUGAAAACGAGAGUAACCGUUACAGUAGUGGGAGGAUGAUUACAAAGAGUAAAACGAAAAGGUUGAUUUCAAGCACAGAGGGCAUAACAUAGAAAAGUAUACAAACUUCAAUGCCCACUUCAUUCUGAACUUCACAUGUCCUAGCGGAUAGAUCUAUGAGUAAAGACCAAAUAAAAUUAUGGUCUUAUCUAGGUUCAAAGCUGUUGUUGAAUUUAAAGGAAUAUAAUAUAAUAUUUGUUAUUGUUGUUUUUAUUGUUAUUCUUUUUAUUUUUGUUUUGUUAACAAAGGCACAGACUUGAUUAUGCAGGUUAAUUAGAUACUUUAUCUGCAGCUUUGUAGGCCUAACCAUUGACUGAUAUUGUCUUUUGUUGUUUCAAUACUUCUUAUUGCUGUAUAUAACGUCUAAAAAUAGAAUCAUAAUAAUAGAAGAGGGAAAUAUUGGAAUAUGUUUCAGGAAUAUGUGACUGUGUUUAAAUUGUUGCGUAAUGAUGACGUCCGUCGUGUACCCCCCUUCCAAGUUUUCGGGCUCGCAAAGCCUCGGCUGUUUAAAUGGGCCAAGUAGAGAAGCAGUGGAGAGUGCAAAUCUUAUUUUGUCUGGUUCUAUGAACUUCAGCGUGACUUUAACGAUAUAGCCUAGUUAAAAACAACUAGUUCAAAAGUCCCAUCAGCUGAAUUUGUUCCACGCAAAUACUUUGAAAUAUCUUGAAAAAAAAGGGGAUUUUGCAAUGUUCAGAUAGCCUAACCUAGUUCUUUGGCUGGUUAAAAGAUAGUUUAAAACACUUCCAUCUUUCUGUAGACCUAUAUUCUAAUAAACAGUGCUUGACUUGGACUGAAAUAGUGAUUAUAUUCUAAAAUGAAUUCAUAUUUUCUAGAACUAUAGACUGGAAAUAGGCAUGGUAUAACUGAUGAGACGACCCAUAUUCAACAAUAGUCUAGGAAAUGAACCCCAAAAAAUAACAGCGAUUUUUAAAAAUUAUAUCCUGACUUUGGGUGCCGGUACUGUUUAUAUUUAGAAACAGAAGUUUCACGAUACAUUUGAGAGGAACCGGAGCUCAAGCAGUAGAACGUUUGAGGUACCGGUAGAAGCGCUCAGCUCGGUUGAGCACAUGCCCAAGUCAAGCACAGCUAAUAAGCCAUACAAUACGUUAUUGCCUGUGUUGUUCAGGCUAUUAUUCAAGUAGACAGUUUUGCGUAAUAUCAGCCCAUUGGAAGGCACGGAGGACAACAGUAACUGUAAACAUAAAUAAAUAAAGAGAUACCAACAUCAUAACAAUACUGUUUAAAAAUAAACUAAACUGAAGGAGCACAUGGGAAUGUGUCAAUGAUCAUUGUGGAUAACGACAUAAUGUGAUGUCCACGGCUAAGGACUGGUCACUCCAACAUGUCAGGUAUUAGUAGUGCGAGUCCGAUUAAAUGUGGUAGGCAGGAGCACAGCGAGAACCCCGUGCGAGUGGAGCUGUGAGUGUGGCGGAUGAGAGCGCUGCGGCUAAAAGAGCUUAACUAGUGAAUGGCAAUCUCUCGGGGAAGUUCAACAGACCACUGUCACAGAGCAACACGGGAGCCCUGCGUAAAACAAAGUGGCGCGUCUUCAGGAUUGGGGCGACUGAUCAACUCCGAAAAGAGGACACACGAGUUGGGUCAGACUAGCUGCUAAUCACUUGUUACCGGCGCUUCGCUCCCAGUAACAUGCCUGCCAUCAAAAAGGAGAGACUGGAUGGGGACGAUAUGGCAUUGGCUGCCUUCAACCAGACCGAAUACCUGGCCCCUUUAAAUGCCACCACUAUCCCCGUGGUGACCCCGCAUCCACCGCAAUACGACCAUAUAUUCGCCCAUCACCGUGCGUAUUUGGGGCUCCACGACUCGGCGCUGCAUCACCAUCACCAGCAGCAGCACCUUCACCAUCACCCGGACGACUUAAUGCUGGAGAGGUUUUCCUCAAUCCCCGACUUUCAGCCAUUUUUUGACAACGGGGAACCAUGCAUCGAGGUGGAAUGCGGGGAGAACAAGGCUUUACUAUACAUUAACAAACUGUGCCAAGGUAGUAAGGGACCCUCAAUCAAAUACCGGGGCGAGUGGCUUACCCCGAAUGAGUUCCAGUUUGUCAGUGGAAGGGAGACCGCCAAAGAUUGGAAACGAAGUAUAAGGCACAAAGGGAAAAGUUUGAAGACCCUUAUGUCCAAAGGAAUCUUACAGGUACAUCCUCCAAUCUGUGAUUGCCCUGGGUGUCGAAUUUCGUCUCCAGUGAACCGCGGUCGUUUGGCAGAGAAGCGCACCAUCCCCCUGCCCCCCAACCGCGUGCCCAAGAGGGAGCUGGCCUCCGCCUUCAGCAGUGACGACAGUGAGGGCAGCGACCGCGCCAGCGGAGACCAUGCCCACAUCAAGCAGGAAGACGAGCUGCAUUACAGUAUCAUGAGAAAGGGUCGUGACAGUGACCUCUCUAAAAUCAUCUCCAACCUCCACCACACAAGACAGCACGGCAUGCCCGAGGACCAGCCAGCCACUGACCUCAGCACCAACACAGGACACACAGAUGACCCUCUAGGCAAGAGGAGAGCCUACUCCCCCAACAGCAGCAGCGAGUGCCCAUCAGACAGCAAGAAGUCACGCAGCGUGUCCCCCAAAGAGAACUCCCACACCCCCGUGCUGGAGGGGGGCGGCCACAGUCACAUGACCCCGGAGGAGCACUACAGGCGGAUUAUGUCAGCACUGAACGAGCAGGGCUCCUACGAGGAGCAGCAACAGCGCCUCUACCAGCUGGCCAACAACAUGGGCCUUCCCAGCCAUGAUCUGCUGCGGGUGCGCCAGGAUGCCCUGGCAGCAGUGAGGAACACGGGGGGUAUGGAAGCCCACCUCCCCUCAGCAGGCAGCUCAUCAAGCCAGAGACGCAAGCAGGGCCUGCCCCAGCACCGAGACGCCCACUACACCGAGAGGGAGAUGUCCCAUCCCCCACCUUUGCUGUCCCCCCAGAACGCUCCUCACAUCGCGUUGGGACCCCACCUACGGCCACCCUUCCUGGGCAUGCCCUCUGCCUUGUGCCAGGCCCCAAGCUAUGGUUUUCUCCAGCCUGCCCAAGCUGAGAUGUUUGCCCGGCAACAGGAGAUGCUUCGGAAGCAGAACCUUGCCAGGUUGGAGAUGUCAACAGAGUUGCUCAGACACAAGGAGCUGGAGAGUCUUCACAGGCAGCAGCAGCAGCGUGUGCUGGGGAGCUCCGACCCCCUGGGCCUAGCCCAUGGCCUCCCCCUGGACCACCCUGCCCUGCGCAGCCUUCACCACCUGCCCGAGGGACACCCCCUCCACGAGGAACUCAGCCGACGCCAAAAUGCCAUGCUGGUGCUCCGACACACCAACAGCCCCCUGCUCUCUCUCAACCACCAGGGGCCCUCGGGGGCCACAACACCCAAAGACACCCAGGGACAAAGCUGCGGGGCUCGGGCUGGAUUAAGGAAGGGGGCCUCCAGGAAAGGCCCCCAGCAGCCCAGAGGGGGAGAGCACCAAGAAAGGGAAUGCCGAGCGAGGGAGGGAGACGCAGACGGUCACGAUGAUGAGAUGAAGGACUCGGACAGCGAGACAGAGAUGGGCGAGGAUAGGCACAAGGGCUCGGAUGGCAAGGCCACUGAGGGGCAUGGGCUUCACAGGGACAGGGGGAAAGAAAGCGGCAGGAAGGGGGGGUGUGACGGUACCAAGGAGGCGGGCGAGGGUCGGCUCAGUGCCCCCUGUAGCUCGGCUGACGCAGAAUCACCACCUAGCCACCACCUCUUCACCCCAGUGCUGAGCAAGAGCGAUGUUAAGUAUCACUUUCCACCUGGCGCCAUGCCCCCUCUGCAAGGGCUCCACAGCCAGUCUCUGCCCUUUGGAUUCCCAUAUACCAGCCCCUACUUCCACACCGGUGGUAUGGGAGGUAUGUUCAUGGACGGCGAGGACUCAGCGGCGCCCCCAGUGGAGGACAUCAGAAAGUGGAGUGUGGAGGAGGUGUGUGGCUUCGUGGGCGGCCUGGCCGGCUGUGCCGAGUACAACCAGGUGUUUCGGGAGCAGGCCAUCGACGGAGAGACCCUCCCGCUGCUCACAGAGGAGCACCUGCUCAACAUCAUGGGACUGAAGCUGGGCCCCGCGCUUAAGAUACGCUCUCAGGUGGCACGGCGUGUUGGCAGAAUCUUCUACAUGACCAGCUUCCCGCUGGCGCUCCCGCUGGCGCUCCCGCCAUCUGCCCUGCGCCCCCCGGACAGGGACCUCCUGCCGUCCGACACCCCCCUGGCGCCGCUCCCACUGCGGCCCCUCUCCGCCGCCAGCAGCAGCUCUUCCCCCUACAGCGCCCCCCCGCCCCCCUGUCACUCCUCCCCCAAGCAGGAGAACGCCAACGGCUCUGUGUCGGGGGGCUACGAGGCGGCCAAGACCCCCUCGUAGGACCCAACUGGCUGCACAGGGAAGGCACAGGAAGGGAGGGAGAUGGGUACAGAGAAAGCUCUUGUAACAGACAUUGAAUUGACCCCCUUCCUCCCCUUUUGGGCAUACAUCUCCCUUUGGGUUUGGGGAAUAAACUGUCAAAAAAAUAUAAAUAUAAAAGGGAAUAAAAUAAAAAUGAACUAAAGGGACUAAUCAAAGCAGCCCAAUCAACUUCAAGUUCCACUGUGGUUGUAGCCGAGCAGAAUCCAAAGACGUAACAGUGAGCUGGAGGGAGAGAUGUGAUGAAGCGACAGAGGGAGAAAGAGAGCGAGAGAGAGAGCAGACAGCUGGUCUUAGACAGCUUGCCAAAGAAAGAGCAAAGCCCCAGAACUACGACAUUCUUCUGAGUCAGACAGACGCUACCGGAAACUCUUUCUUCCUGGGCUGAAGAAGGAAGCCCCUCUCUCUCUCUGUCUGCUCCCCAGCAUACUCGGCGGCACCCAGCACUUAAAAGAGAGAUGCCUCUUCCAUCUUUUCUCUCGCUCUUUUCCUCCCCUCCUUUCUUCUCACUUCCAGUCUAAGGAGCCCAAACAGCUCAGAGGAACUGAGAAUUCUGGAGGCUGGAGUGAAAGCAUACACUGAAAGGGACUCCAAAAAACCUUCAUUAUUGCAACUAUGCAUUCCACAGUCCAAAACCAAAGAUGUGUGAAAUAAGGAACGAUAUUCCAUGUUUGUUUCCGGUGUUUUUUUUUUGGUUGCUUUGUGGGCAAAAUGGCUAGUCUUAGGUAGAGGUGGGGUACAUAAAAGAUCCCAGUGGGCCCAGUACCUCAUAUGACUGUCUUUAAAAGACAAGGGAGACUCCUUGUAAGGUGAAACAAGGGGGAAUCUUUAUACAAGGUGUUCUAGGUACACAGUUGUGCCCAUAAGCCAUCGGCCUAUAGGCAGAGUUCUUUCUCUGACACACUCAAAUGUUACUGAUACAGGACAGUGACGAAACGGUGGCUUCGGCUCAUAGGGCUAAUGUUAUUGCAUAAUCGUGUUAACUACUGUGGGAUAUACAAACAUGCCGAAUUGUACAGAAUCAUGCUUAAGCUGAAAAUAUCCUGUAGGUUACAUACAUGGUACUUUUCCAAAAAAAAAAAUCUAAUUAAAUGUAGUUGCAUGGGGAAAAAUCUUUAUGACUGAACAAAAUGUGACUUGCUAACUUUUGGUGGUACUUUUGUUCCAACCUUUUUUUUUGCAGUUUUCUUUCUUCAAAUGUUUUAUAUUAAAAGAAGCCCCAUAAUGAAAUGCUACUUCAGCAAUAUAAAUUAGGAAAUAAUAUUUAUAGGACUUUUGCUGUAGUUAGAUGAACAGAUAUGUAUAAUACUUAGUCCUCACAAUGGAUUCCAAAGAACAUUUACUUUGUUUUCCCUUGAUUGCAGGGAAAAGGCACAAAGCGCUAAAUGCAAAUCUUUGAAUUUGUUAAGGAUUUUUUUUAACUAUGUGUAAGCAAUGAAUUAAAAUGGUCUAGAUUUCCCAUCACUGUUUUGUCUUGAUCCUAUUUUUGUAUUCGCCACUUGGUAAAAUAAAUCCUACAGAAACUA